AUGGCAGGGACGGACGUCGCAGGCUCCGCCGGUCGCUCUGGUGCCGCGCACGGCGCAGGCAAGAAGGCGGCGGCACUAGCUCUGCUCGUCUUCUUCUCGGCGCUGCUGUACGCCCGGAUUCAGCCGCCGCCGUCUAAGAUCCCCGGCACGCCGGGCGGGCCUCCGGUCACGGCGCCCAGGACAAGGCUCAGGGACGGCAGGCACUUGGCGUACCUGGAGUCCGGCGUCCCCAAGGAGAAGGCCAAGUACAAGAUGAUAUUCGUCCAUGGCUUCGACUGCUGUAGAUAUGACGUGCUGAAUGUUUCCCAGGGGCUGUUGGAAGAGCUGGGAAUCUACUUGCUAUCCUUCGACCGGCCCGGGUACGCCGAGAGCGACGCCCACCCGGCCCGGACAGAGAAGAGCAUCGCCCUUGACAUCGCGGAGCUGGCGGACAAUCUCCAGCUCGGGCCCAAGUUCCAACUCAUCGGCUUCUCCAUGGGCGGCGAGAUCAUGUGGAGCUGCCUCAAGUACAUCCCGCACAGGCUCGCCGGCGUGGCGAUUCUUGCCCCGGUGGGCAACUUCUGGUGGUCCGGCUUCCCGCCGAACGUCGUCAAGGAGGCCUGGCGCGUGCAGUUUCCGCAAGACCAGCGCGCGGUCUGGGUCGCUCACCACCUGCCGUGGCUGACGCACUGGUGGAACACCCAGAAGCUGUUCCGCGGCUCCAGCGUCAAGGACGGCGACCCCGCCAUCUUAUCCAAGGAGGACAGGCUUCUAGUUCACAAGUUCAUGGAGCGAACCUAUCAGAAGCCGGUCCGACAGCAGGGAGAGCACGACUCGCUGCACCGCGACAUGAUGGUCGGUUUCGGGAAGUGGGACUGGAGCCCCCUGGAGAUGGAGAACCCGUUCGCCGGCGCCGAAGGCGAGGUGAAGGUGCACCUGUGGCACGGCGUCGAGGACCUGUACGUGCCGGUUCAGCUGUCGCGGUACAUCAGCAAGAGGCUCCCAUGGGUCAUCUACCAUGAGCUCCCGACGGCCGGCCACCUGUUCCCGGUCGCCGACGGCAUGCCCGACGCUAUCGUCAGAUCGAGGACUAGGGAUUAUCGCGCUAGGGAUUAUGCCAUUAUGCCGCAGAUCAGGCAGCAGGGGGAGCACGAGUGCCUGCACCGGGACAUGAUGGUCGGCUUUGGGAAGUGGAGCUGGAGCCCGCUGCAGCUGGAGAACCCGUUCGCCGACGCCGCCGAUGAUGUCCAGGAGGGGGCGGGGAAGGUGCACCUGUGGCACGGCGCCGAGGACCUCAUCGUGCCGGUCAGCCUGUCCAGGUACAUCAGCGAGAAGCUGCCGUGGGUCGUCUACCACGAGCUCCCCAAGUCGGGACACCUCUUCCCGCUCGCCGACGGGAUGGCUGACACCAUUGUCAAAUCCCUGCUGCUCGGAGCCGAUCAUCCGUCGUUGGCCUCACAGGUCACAGCCUCCUCCUGA